UAGUUUUUAGAACCAAAGGAAAGCAUUUCUCAUUCUAGUUGACUUAUUCAUACCACUUAAAGGUUGGCCAUUUUGAAGUCUUGAAAUUAUGGUCAGCACUGUACCAGCUUAUACUGAUGUGCACUCAAGACCUAAAACAGGUGCUUAUAAGGUAGGAGGUGGAACAGUCACUGAGGAUUAGGAUACUGAAGCAGUAAUUUUUCAUUUUUUAAUGCUAGGUUUUGUGUAUUUUUGGUGACCCUAAAGAAUCAUGACCAAUUGUGCUAUUUUUUAAGCAGUAAUUAUCCCAAACCCGGGAGUGUGAAAUCAAGAAAGGAAUUUAACUUAGCCUUACUGUGCUGGGGGAGAGGUGUUAUCAGACAAGAUUUUGAGGGAAAGUGUUCAAAGGUAGCCAGGCUAGUUUGGUCCCAGUAUCAGGAUGUACUGUAAUAGAGCUGUAAUAGAGCUGGUACAGUGUCACGUUAGCAUGAAUACACUGCUUCCAGUGUCUGGGCAAGCAGAUAUAUUUGUUGCUAUUGCUUUGCUGGGUAGAUUUGUCACUUAGAAAGACUUCCACUACCUCAGCUGUUUUUGGACUAAACACCUACAUGCAGAUUUUCUGAGUCUAAAAUCUUUCCAGAAAGUCUAGUCCUUACAACCUCCUGCUCUACAAUAGGAGAAAAAAGCAAAAAGCAAAAAGCAAAAAGCAAAAAGCAAAAAAAAAAAAAAAAAAAAAAAAAAAAAAAAAAAAAAAGCAGCUGUUUGAGAAUGCUUUUAAAGACAUUCAUUUUUCUUACAAUGAAGAAAUAUCUGAUUCUUUUUCCCUUGCACUUUUUUACUUCCCCUUAAAAGGUUUGCUGUUUAACAGCAGUGCAUGUGGGUCCUGUGCCCUAUGUAUCAGCCAGAAGGAAAGUUAGAACCACUGAAAUGUCUUUAGUUCUCAGACUGUGAGCUUAAAACAGAAAUAAAUAUUAUACAGAGAGAUCAUCAGGUGUAAAAUUUUUGUGGUUACUGUGCAAUUUAGAGUAUUUUUUGGUCUGUCUUCCUUUUGUCUGUCUGCCUGGCUGUUAAGGAUGGUUUGUACCACUUGGCUUCAGCAGUCCUUGAAAGUCACCAGGGUUGUAAAGCUUUAAACAGUUGCGCAGGUCUUUAAUUGUAAAUUAGUUUUGACAGAACUGCUAAGGCAAAGGCCUGGCCCAUCCCAUCGUGAUGCUAGCCAACAACCCCUUACUGCUCCUGGAGCAAGGAAACAUGUGGAAGGAAUUGUUCUUUUACAUUUCACAGCUUGUCAUUUCCUCUGCAGGGCAACCUCUGACCUCCCCGAAAGAUCCUGACACCCAUAAGGGAAGUAUUCCCACUGUUGUAAAGGAAGUGGAAAAGCAGUUUAAUGCUGUGAGAGGAGGAGAGCCGUGUGUGUCAGAAGAAGCUGUGAGGAAAAGAGAAGAGCUUAAAAUGCUUCCAGCAGAUGAUUACCAAGAUUGCCAUGGCAAUGCAGACAAGCACUGUGGCUCGUUUUGGCUGAAGGAAGUCCAAGGAGGACAUCACAAGGUCAGCUGGAAUAACCCACCUGACCAAUGUGAAGAAAAGUCAGGUCCCGAGAACAAUGUAAGCCAAGAAGAAGGGAAAACAUCUGCAGAGAGCAAUUUUUAUUUGGAAGAGUUGGAGAAAUAUACCUUUUCUGUGUGCUGCCGUUCUGCUGCUGACGUGAAGCUGUGCGGGCAGGUUCUCGAGCGUUUCCAUUUCGUGGUGUGCACGGCCUUGUCGGAGCUGGGAGCCGCGCGCUGGCGCUCCAGGGACUUCUGGCUGCUUGCGCUGCUGGUAGUUCUGCUUUGGUUCCUGAGACUUUACCUGCAUUAUUUGAGCCAGUGGCUCUUCCUUUGGACCAUCUCAGUUCCUGUUACUAAAUUCCAGCUCUUCCCUCACACUGUGGAACUGUGCUACCAGAACUCCUUGCUGCACACCAGUGAAGAGUUGGCCAUGGUUGUGGUGGGACCCCUAACCUUGAACGCAGUGUUGCUUCUCAUGAUCCUGAUCAGAUGGGGCUGUCAGCAGCUGUCUGACUCAUUCCCUUCCUUCUUGUCAAAAUUUAUCAUAGCUAUGGGACUAUGGACGGUUCUAGACCCCUUGGCAGUGUUUGUAGUGGAUUCAUUCCUGGGGCGAUUUGGGAACAGUGUGGAGAAACCCAUUGCUGAUGCUGCAAAACUCUCCUGGGUGUUUCUAAGAGCAGGGGAGUCAGGAGUUCCUGGUGCCUUAAUCACAGUGAUGCUUUAUACCAUCCUGUUCAUGAUCUCAUCAGCAGUGUUGUACCUGUAUUUUUUAAGGCUACAUAGUGAAGGUUGGCUGUUGGAUGUAUUUCAACGUAUUCAUAGUGAGGAAGGAACAUUCUUUGUUCCACUGGACAUGGAGAUUUCUGGUCAGGAGCUGAGCUACAUCAUGAAGAGGGCUGAGCAGUGGAGAGGAGUCAAUGGUGAAAGACGGAUGGUGGCAGUGUCUGAUUACAUCUGGAAGGACCACGCCGGCCAGCCGGGUGUCUCCAGCCCCGACCUGCAGCGCCAGGACGGAAUCCGUGUCGCCGCAGCCGGCUGCCGGGGUGGCACCACCGUGCACAUCUGCGUCUACACGGUUCACCUCAGCGGCUCCCAGGAGCUCCACAGGCGCUUCCUCAGGCUGCCUGACGGGGCCAUCAUCGAGGCAUUUGGUGAUGUUAGUGAGGAAAGUCUUCUGUGUAAAGUAAGCACAGACCAGGAGCAUAUAAGGGGAAAGGACAGUGUGCUCUGUACAUCUACAUGUAACAAGCUGAGGGAGAGGAAAAAGAGUACAGCAAGGUUGAAAGGAAACCACGUUGUCUCUGACAAGAGCUAGUUCCUGCAGUAACACAUGAUCCAUGGAGCUGUUUACAUUGUGAUCCACAUCCAUGGUAUAGUUACUGUCUGAUAGGAUUUACGUUUCUGGUGGCCACAUCUCUGCCCAUGCGGUGUUGUCCUCUGAAUGCCCCCUUCGUGGCUCUUCUGUGACUUCAACAAGCUGUGCAGCGUGGUGAACAUGGGAGCAGAUCACAGAUUGGAUCAUGCAAACAUAAUUAUUUCAUGUGACUUUUUUCCCUUCCCAUCUGUGGGGCAUUUCAGAUUUCUCAGGUUUGCUUGUUUCUGCUUUUUCAGCUUUGCUUGUACCUGUUAGCUGUGGCGGGGAAAAUGUUGCUGAUUUGUCUUUCAAGUUGUAUGACUAAAACAUUGACAGCAUUUUCAGUAAUUGUUCAAAGCACAAUGCUAUUGAAAUUGCAAGACUGCAGGAAUGCCCAGAAGAGGAGCAAUGAUGGCUUCAUCCACCAGUUCUGUAGCCAAGUCCCAACAUGCUGCAAAAUUUACAAUUUACAAUUUUUUUCUGAAGUUUAUGUGGUGACCAUACCUUCCUCCCUGUGACCUACAGCAGCUUAAAGCAACCCUGAGGUUAUGUUCAUGCUUUCUUAGAAGUAUUAAAGUUACAACCAGUCAGUUCUCUUUAGUUAGAACCAGUCAGUGCCUAUUCUGUUUGACUCCAUACAAAUGUACCAGAAAUUGUCCGUGCCCCAAAGGCAAGAACUAUGGGAGACAGCAGAAGAAGGUGGGAAGGGGAACACAGUCAAGAAAGAUGAAAUCAUUCAUGCAAGGCCAUCAAAGUCAGAGGCAAAUGGAGAAAUACAGGACAGAGUGCCAGCAUCCUGAUUCAGUCUUCCCUUUUUGUCCUGAAAAUGAAGGUAGAAAUGGGAAGAAACUUACCUUGCUGCUAUUUUGAGUAGUUUUCAUAGAAUUCUGUAGUCAAUUAAGAUAGUAAUCAGUGACAUUGUUCUAGCAUAUGAUUUUCUGGUGUUCCUUUGCUCACGCUGCUAUGGUAAAAGUUUUUCAGGUGCAUUUAUCUUUGUAAGAUCUUACCCAAAAUCUUGAGCAUUGUUGAUUAAUAGCAUUACUUAAAUCUAUAGUUCUCAUCCACCUGAAUAAACCUUAAAUUACAUUAGGUAGUGACCUAAAGGUUUAAGUGUCACUUCUGAGCACAGUUUUAAUUUGGUUUGGUUUCCACCUCUUUUCUUGUUUCGUUAGGAUUCUUUUCCAGUUUAUUUGUGUGUGUGUGUGCAUAUGCCUGUGGUUAUUUUAUGAUUUAUACCCAGAUAAAAAUGAUGUUAAAAAACCUCUGAAUAUCUACAAGAAGUGAUGUGAUUUUUGUGGCUUUUAUUGCAUAAGGUAUUACUUGGAUUACUUCUCUCUG